AUGGCCCCUCGCGCAAGAACCGCCAGCAGUCUGGCUGGCUUGGUCGCGUCGGACUCGGAGCCGGACUUCGACGACAUCCAAGCCAUCACAGCGGUGGCGAAAAUGGCAGCAGCUACCAAGAGACCCCGCGGCCGGCCCCCCAGUACGGCAAACAAAGUCUCAAAGCCCGUCCCGCAAGCCGCCACACGUCGGGCUGGCGGCAAAGCAGUCGUCUCAGCCUCCGGGCCGCCUAGGCAGGCACUGGCGGACAAGAGCAACACCUCCUUCGUGCGUGGUACUGGAAACGGUGCCAAGAAGGGGUCGCAGAACAACGCGAAGACAGAACUAGGGCUCGACGAGCAGGGCGGCGAACCGGUGGUUCCAAAAGCGACUCGCGGACGCCCGAAAGGGUCUGGAAAGCGCAAAAGUGCGGGAACUGAGGUGGCUACGGAGAAGCCAGGUCAGGCCGACUUCGAAGAGAUUGCAGAGACUCAACCAACACCGGAGUCCAUGCAGGUCGAUGCCGAGGAGUCGCAGCUGCUCGCCGAUGAUCGGGAUCUGGACGAUGGUAUGGACGAGAGCAACUCCGUCGCUGAUGGCGGCGUAGAAGACGUGUCGCUGAGGCGCCGCCUCGGCAACCUGACGCGGAAAUACGAACAUCUGGAGACGCGAUACAGGGACUUGAAGGACGUCGGGGUCAAGGCAGCCGAGCGCAACUUUGAGCACCUGAAGCGGCAGGCCGACGAGAAUAUUGCAGGCUCAAACGAGCUCAUAGCUCAGCUUCAAGCGGAGCUGGCGUCGCAGAUUGCUCUCGCUCAGGAGGGCGAGAGGGUACGGCAGGAGCUCAGACAAAGCGAGAACCAUGCAGAGACGCUCCAGAUCCGCGUGGAUGAGCUGACGGCGUCCCUGACGGCGGCGCGGACCGAGAUAAAAACACUGUCCACAAAGCUGGCCGCGAGCAGGAGUGCAGAGGCGCAUAACAAGGCCCCGGGAAGUGCACUCAAGGGCGGGACUGCGGCCAGUAGAACUGCACAGUCCGAGGCGCUGCAUGCCCUCCAGGCAGCGCAAGCCAAGGAGGAUCUCUAUGGAGACCUAACGGGCCUGAUCGUGAGGGGUCUGAGGCAGGGAGACGAGGAAGACAUGUUCGACUGCAUUCAGACGGGCCGGAACGGAACCCUGCAUUUCAAGCUGGCAUUGGAGCGCGCCGAUGGAGGCGACAGCUACGAAGACGUCCAGUUCACAUACAAACCGCAGCUGGACAAAGACCGUGACGGCGAGCUGAUAGAGAUGCUCCCGGACUACCUGAGGGAGGAAAUUACGUUUCCCAGGCCGCACGCCUCCAAGUUUUACAGCCGAGUCACCAAAUCUCUGACGGAGCGGGUGGAUUAG